AUGCGGGGGCAGUCAGAUUUGUCCCCAUCAAAGGCAGAGAUCCAUCUGCAAAAACUGCAAGGGCAGUCAGUUUGUCCUCAUGAAAGGAUGAGAUCUCGGUGUAAAGAAUGCAAGAGUAGUCAAAUCUGUCAGCAUAAAAGGAGGAGAGCUUGCUGUAAAGAAUGCAAGGGUAGUGAAAUCUGCAAGACUGAAAGGAGGAGAGCAUGCUGUAAAGAAUGCAAGGAUAGUCAGAUUUGCCCUCAUGAGAAAUUAAGGUAUCGCUGCAAGGAAUGCAAGAAGGAUAAACAAUUAGAGGGAACCAGGAGCUGCCCGAAGUGUAAAAAAGUGUUGGGCCUAGAUGAAUUUAGAGUGCUGAGAAAUGGAAAGACGGCAAUAAUUUGUAUAUGUUGCCAGGAUAAAAAGAAGGCGUCAAGGGAACGUAACAGAUGCCCCCAUGGUAGGCGGAGGUCUCAAUGUAAGGAAUGCGGCGGUAGAGAUAUAUACCAGCAUGAAAAGAGGAAGGCCUAUUGUAAAGACUGUAAGGGCGGUCAGAUUUGUGAGCAUGAGAGACAUAGGGCUUGCUGUAAGGACUGUAGGAAGGGCAAACAGCUGGAAUAAAUACGGCUUUAUUCUGUGAAAUAUGAGUGACCACAACGCGUGUUUGUCCUCUGGGGCAAAAACCAAUCAAUAUGGAUGAGACUAAGAGCUGCACGCAAUGUAAGCACUAUCUUUUUUUGGACAAUUUUAGGAUCAAGGGGAAUGGUCAACUAACAAAAAUGCGCAUAGCUUUCCUGUAUAAAAGGAAGGCGUCACGUGAACGUAAAAAAUGCCCCUAUUAAAGGCAGAGAUCUCGUUGAAAGGACUGAAAGGGAAGUGAAAUCUGCAAACAUGAAGGGAUAAGAACAACGUGUAAGGACUGUGGGUAAAGUCAGAUGUGCAGUGAACAUGGUAGGAUAAGAUAUCAGUGUAAAGAGUGUGCGGGUGGGUGAACAUGGCAGGCGAAGAUCCCGGUGCAAAGCCUGAGGGGGUGGAAGCAUCUGCAAGGAUAAAAAAGUGAGGUCCUAUUGCAAAGAGUGUAAGGACACGUUUUUGCGUGGCAAAAAAAGCAAGAUUUUGGAUAACUAAGUUUGACGUGGCUUGAGAAAUAUAACUUGCAGCGUACAACUUUUUCAAAAUAUGGACACAAUUAGAAAAAGAUUGAAAUUAUGUCCUGUUUUUUCCCUUUUUAAAACAAUGUUAUGUUUCGGAGUAUUAAG